GUCAUCAGGUAGAUCCAGGAGCAUGAGCAGGACUUUGAGCUGCGGGAGCAGAUGUCUGGGUAUAAACGCAUGCGGCGGCAGCACCAGAAGCAGCUGAUCGCCCUGGAGAACAGGCUAAAGGCCGAGAUGGAUGAGCAUAAGCUCCGGUUGCAGAAGGAAUUAGAAACACAUGCAAACAACACUUACAUUGAGCUGGAAAGACUUGCCAAACGGCACACGGCUCAAACAGACAAAGAGGUAAAACUCAACUAUCUGAGAGAGAGGCGGAUCCAGCAACAGAUUGUUGCUCAGCAAAAAAAAGAGCUGACAACUUUCUUAGAGAAUCAGAAAAAGGAGUACAGGCUCUGCAAGGACAAGAUCAAAGAAGAGAUGAGCGAAGACCCCGACACAGCCAAGGAAGAGAAGCAGGAGCGUCUGUCCAGGCACAAAGAAACAAUACAGCGCUCUCAGGCGGAGGAGGAAGCUCACCUGUUGACCCAGCAGAGGCUGGUCUACGACCGCAGCUGCAGGGCCCUGAAGCGCCGGAGUCUGGUCAGGAAGCAAGAGUUCGAACAGGAGCAACUGAGAGAGGAGCUGAACAAGAAGAGCACCCAGAAGGAGAUGGAACACGCCUUGAUGAUCCGGCAGGACGAGUCCACUCAGGACAUGGAGCGCAGGCAGCUGCUGAUGCUGCAGAAGCUACGCGUUGAGCUCAUGCGGCUGCAGCACCAGACGGAGCUGGAGAACCAGGAGGAGUACAACGGCCGACGGCAGAGAGAGCUGCACAGGAAACACACCAUGGAGCAGCGGCAGCAGCCCAGAGACCUCAAGAUGUUGGAGAUGCAGAUCAAAAAACAGUUCCAGGACACGUGCAAGGUGCAGAACAAGCAGUACAAAGCUCUGAGGAACCAUCAGCUGGAGGUCUCCCCAAAAGGCGACCACAAGAUUAUCCUGAAGAGCCUUAAGGAGGAGCAGACACGCAAGCUGGCCGUACUGGCUGAGCAGUAUGAGCAGAGCAUCAACGAGAUGAUGGCUUCACAAGCGAUGCGAUUGGACGCAGAGCAGGAAGCGGAGUGCCAGGCCCUGAAGCAGCAGCUGAAGCAAGAGAUGGAGCUCCUGGACGCCUACCAGAGAAAAACCAAGUCGCAGAUGGAGGCCCAACACGAGCGAGAGCAGCAGAAACUCGAGCAGAAGGUCUCCAUACGCAGAGCGCACCUUGAACAGAAGAUUGAAGAGGAACUGGCGGCACUUCAGAAGGAACGCACCGAAAAGAUCAAGCACUUGUUGGAGCGUCAGGACAGAGAAAUCAACACUUUCGAAACAGAAAGCCGAAGCCUCGGCUUUGGGAGCCUGGAAUCUCUGGACUUCCCCAAAGAAGACAACAGAUGAAAGUGGAUUUAUCUUCAGCGGACAACAUAUCUCUGCCCCCUUUUUCGCCUCCACUUGACAGUUUGUCACGUCCACGGUGACACGGCUGGAAAACUUUCUCUGUUGCUUUUCUUCUCUCUUAGAUAUUGCAUCUUUGAAAGGCGUUGCGUGAUGUGAGAACUUCUUUUGUGAAAGGGGGGGGGGGGGGGGGGGGGGUCUACAACAACAUGUCAAUAAUAAAUCAAACCUAGUCAGUGUAACUCAAAACUUGUGUGUUUAAAAAUGACAGACUCUUUUCUCCAUGCCGUCUCCUCCUUUUGGUAUGAAUUGGAUAAAUCAGGAUAUUUUAGUAAAAAUUGGCACUUUUGAUAUGUUCAAGUAGAAAGCCAUCAUGUUCGUAUGAUGCUUAAUGUGUGUGUUAACAUGGAGGGACCACGUGGAAUGUGAGCUGCGGACUCGCCGCGCGGUGUUCAGUGUGCGUUUGUCUUUUUGAUUGGUUUCGUUUGAUUUUGUUCCAUUUGAUUUUAUGCUCUGAAUGUGAAUAUUACUGUAUGGGGUCACUGGAAAAGUCAGAGUUUCUUCUUUUCUUUAGUCAUACUUCCAUAUCGUGCUUAUGCAUACAGUAUACUGCGGUCCGUCACUUUUCCAGGCAACAGUUCUAACCCUUACUUUCAUGUAGGGUCAAUUGGCAUUAGCUUGAUCUGUUUAUCUUAUCACAUUUCAAGAUCCCACUUGGUAAAACUGCUUAUUAUUGCAUGCACUUUAAGGACAAAUUCAGGUUGUGAAGUGAAGCAUGAAUCUGUCAGAGAUUUUAGCUGUUUGUAAAUAAAAGCAUUUUUUUGGGGGGUGGGUUUGUUUUAAGCCUAUGGAUACUGAACAUAAGCGCCAUAUUUGAUAUGAUAAUUUCACAAAUGCCUUUCUUUGAGUUGUGCCUGAUGAUUUUAGUUCCGUGUUUGUUUUAUCUAUAUUUUAUUUAUUGAGGCCCGGCACCAUUUUGUUUUGGUUUCAUCCAAACUUGUGAAUCAUUUAAUGUUCACUAAUCAAAGUUCUUGUAAAGGAAAAUGGUGAGAAUUGUGCUGUAUAACUUUUGAUAUGAAUAUUUGUACAUGAGAAUAUAGCUAGAACAUACAGAGACGCUGGUCUACUACUGAUAACAGAGCUUAACAAUUAACAGAUUUUGCUUGAUUUUUGUUUUAUGAUGUAGAGAUAUGGUCAGUCAAUAGCUCAAUAUAUGCUAUGUCGAAUCACAAGACUCUCAGAUUGUAUGAAUGCUGGUGGAUGGAACCACAGACUUAUUUUAAUACCAGAACCACAAUCUUUUAGGGGUCGACGGUUCUACAAAAGCAAACACAACACGUGAGUCCAGAUUGCAUUUGAGUAAUUAGUGUCUAAUGAUCAGAUUAACAUAUUGUUUUGCCAUGUUCAUUAUGGUCAUUGAACAGGUUGCACAAUGUUUCCAUUAAUCCUGAAUGGAAAGAUAAUUGUUUGGUGCUUAAUUUCUAAUACCACCUUUAGCCUUGUAGUUUUUUGUCUUGGAGAGACGAUUGAUUUUUACAAAAUGUGAACGUGAAGCAUUUUGAAACCCCCUCUUGAGUCAAAACACUAAGUUUUUUAAACACUCAUGACAUAUUUAGAGUGCCCCAUGCAGUGAAACCCUCUAAAAAUGAAGUAUAUGUAUGAAAAAAUAAAUACUAUUUUAUCACAGGUCA